UGUUCCUGGGAGUUGAACCUGGUUCCUUUGGCGUGCAGGGCAGCGGGUAUAAUGAUUCGGCUAUCAAGUCAGUAUGUAUUACUUUGGUAAUUUCUAUUUAUCUUACGUAUGUGCUUUAAUAAUUUAAAUAUCUUUUGGGGUCUAUUUUGCGGCACGCGGUGAACCGGUCCAAGGGUAUUUAAACUCGUGUUUUGUGUUCUUUUGUCAUUCGACAAGUUAGCCACGACGUAUCAGUUAGAAACACAGAUGAAUCUGUCCGAUUCAGAUAGUGAGCCAUCUCCACGUGGUAGCCCGGGGAAAAGUGUUCCUCAUGAGCCAAAAAGACGUCCGUCUAACAACAAUGAGGCUAGCCGCAACCGUUCGCAAACUUUGAAUGAAGACCUUACUAACGCAGAGGCAUUCCAAUUGUUUUCCCGCAAGUUAGACGUAGCUUUAGCAGAGAACAAAAAGCUGCUUUUGAAGGAGUUAGAAGCAAAAAAUUCAACUUGUGUAUCCAGAGAAAGUUCGGUUGAUUUUAAGUUGGAUCAUCACAAAGAAAGGUACAACUUCUUAACAGAUUUACAAAGUGACUUUGAAAGUAUUGAUAAAUUUAUUGACUUUGGUGAUAGUUUGAAUGCUAAAGAGAUAAUCAAAAAAGCUGUUCUUCGUAUUAACGACCAGAAAAAAGUUAUAAGAAUUGCAGAUAAGUACGGCUGGGAUGUGGCUAAAGAGUACAAAGAUGACCCAAUCACGGAGAGUACAGAGGAAAGUCAACGACUCCGGCAAGCAGAAGCCAGGGCUAAAAGGAAAAGGUUUGACAAAAGAAAUUAUAAUAAUCCUUUUCGUACAGAUAGCAGCAAAUUUUUCCAGCAAAGAUUUACUCCUUACACCAGGCAGUUUAGUUCAUACGGGAACUUCGGAGGAUCACAACCAAGCCCAUACAGAAUACAACCAGACCAAUGCCUGUAUUGCAAUGGGUUCGGGCACUGGAGUGUCAACUGUCCCCUCAAGAAAAAGAGCCAACCUUUCGCGAUCGGCAAGCCAACUUCAACACAAACCGGACCCUCCACAGAUAACCAAAGAACCUAAACUGGCAGUUUCAUUCCUCAAAGGAUCGUUUUUACGGAUGCAAGCAAGUAUGCAGCGGCUGGUUACAUUGUGGAACUCGCAGAUAGUGUAGUGCAUAAAAUGUGGACUUCUGUGGAAGCUCUAAAGAGUUCUACCUGGAGGGAGAUGAAAGCAGUAGAGACAACUUUAAUAUCUUCUACAGAUAAGAUUAGCAACAGAACUGUAAAACUUUAUACUGACAAUCAAAAUGUAGUUAAGAUAGUUAAUUCUGGUAGCAUGAAAAAAGAGCUCCAUGAUAUUGCACUUAAUAUUUAUGCUUUUUGUAUUCAGAAUCAAGUAACAUUAGAAGUUGAGUGGAUUCCUAGAGAGGAAAAUAGUGUAGCAGAUUGUUAUAGCAAAGUUUAUGAUUUUGAUGACUGGUCUGUUUCUGAUAUUAUAUUUCAAUUUUUCAGUAAAAAAUGGGGGCCCUAUGAUGUAGAUCUUUUUGCAGAUUGUAACAAUUUCAAGGUAAAAAAGUUUUUUAGUAAAUUCUGGACGCCAGGGAGUUCUGGGGUCGAUGCAUUUGGUUUCAAUUGGAAAAAAUUUAACUCUUGGAUCGUUCCUCCAGUUUCUCUUAUUCCAGAUGUUAUUAAUCAUUUAGGUUUGUGUAAAGCGCAUGGUACACUUGUUGUGCCAAAAUGGACAUCCUCACUUUUUUGGUCCAUGUUGGUAAAUUCAGAUGGAAAAUUCAAAAAUUUUGUGAUUGACUAUAUUGAAUAUGACAAACCAAGAAAUUUUUUCAUUGCAGGGUCUUACAAAGAAAGUGUUUUCGCUGGAGUAAAAUUUUUCUCCAAUGUAAUAGUACUCCUUGUUAAUUUUGAUAUUUAGACUUUUUCAGGUGCAUUUGUGUUAUGACAUUU